CAAUACUGUUCCAUUUCCUCUUUUUGCCCUUCCUUUUUCCAAAUGGACAACGAGCCUGGUCUCGAAUAUCUCUUGCUGCCUCCCAACUUGGCUCCAGAGAUAAGCCAGAGUAAGACACUUAUGAACAGAGACAGCCACCGCCGCUCAGAUCUCGACCCUAAUCAUAAUCAUGGCGGCCCGCGACCCUCGCCCACCUCAUCUCAACCUUCACCUCGAACGCCCUCCGAGAGCCACGGGAGACCCUUCGAAUUCUGAGACUCUUAACGCUUCAUCUGAUGACCUCCGUGGACGCCCACCCUACCGCGACCCCAACCGCCCUGCAACCUCACCUUCUCCCUCGCCUGGUCGUACCAGAUCGCAGACUCUGCCCGUCCAAGUCAUAACGCCUACCUUCAAUCCCGCCAAGGCAAUCAAGCGGAAGCCUCUCUCCUCGACAGCUUCUCAAUUGGCCGCCAGCUACGGUACCGGCUCUGGUUCCAGUACCCCGUCUAUACUGUCACCUUCGGCCUUUGCCGCCCCUGAAACACGUUUCUCGAGAUCCUACUCUGUCGACAGCCCUACCAUCUAUGAGUUUUCCGACAACAACAACGUUCGCCCUCUCUUCGCGCCACCAGCUGCUCACCAGAAGCUUGACACACAACCCCCACCUACCGACCCGGCAGACGACGCGGCUUACUUUGCUUCACGAAACAACCCAAGCACCAACCUUGCAUCCCCUCAAACAAAACCUUCAGACGGCCUGUCAGAACCUGCCUUUUUGACCUCCGACGUCACCCCAACCUUUUCUCCGAGGCUACCGAAAGCGACACCUCCUCAGCCGAUCAUCGAGGAGGAGGAGGACACGGACGAAGAUUCCGAGUCAAUUUACAGUCACAACACUAAUGAUAACUCUAUCAUGUCCAUACCCGCUACCAAACCUACUCCUCCCCAUCUGAAUCUAUCAACGGAUCGAGACAACUCUUCGCAAACAGUCACCACAGUUCUAGAACUCAGACAGUCACUCACGCCUACUACAUCAACUCCCACUCCCUCGAUCAACAAGCCUCUUCCCAAAUCACCAGGCUCUUCCAAGCUAGCCAACUUCUUCGGCUGGGGUUCUUCGCCGUCACCUUCGACGACAGAGUUCUCCUCUCUCUCAUCGCCUCUUAAUUCGCCCCGACGAGCUACUCUGACAGAUGACACCCCUCUUACAACUGGAGUUCCGUCACUGCUCCCAGAACCUCGAAAAGGGAAUGCGACACCAACAAACGCGCUUGGAUAUUGCGAAUCAAACCUAUACACACCACCGCCUUCCUCCUUAGCCCCAUCCCUACAAAUCGAAGAGAUGGAGGACGAACUGAAGGCCAUCAGUGCCGAACUGGCAUCGUCCAUUCGGCGCGAGAUGGAUCUCGAAGAUCUCGUCGAUAGGCUCCAGUCCGAGAUCAACAACCCACAAGCCUCCGGCAGGAGGACUAGCGAUUACUUUUCCGACUCUGGAUAUAGCUCUGCCAAGUUUAGCGAAUACGACCAGAGCAAGGAAGAGGUCGAAAAGAUUCAACGUCGUGCAGAACAAGAGAAGGCUUCGAUGCGACUGGAGCUGACUAACAAGUUGCAAGAUGAACGGUCACGAAGAAAUGAGUUGGACCAGCAGAUUAAAGAACUGGCAGAGAAAGCUUCACAGGUGGACGUUGCCCAGAUUAACAAUGAGGAUACCAACAACCGUCUUCGAGACUUGGAGCACACGUGUGAGGAUCUCCGCCGCAGGCUUGGAGAGGAGGUGCAGGUGAAGUCAAACUUCGAAGACCUGCUCUCUGUCCUCAAGGUUGAGCUUCAAAGCACUACGAAUGAGCGAGACAACCUUCGCGACGAGAUCGUACCCCAGUUGAAAUCAAAGCUUGAUGGCCUUGAAGCUGAAGCAUCUGAGUAUGCCAACCUCACCUAUGAAUCGUCCAAGAUGCAGCAAGAGUUGGAAGUCUUGAGACAGGAAAACAAAGCUCUCAAGUCUUCUGGACCAUCGCCACAACCAGAGACUCGCGCCCGCAGUGCAACCAGCAGCUCGACUCGCCUUGCCCGUUCCAGCUCAGUAACGGCUAUGCCAUUCAUCCUUCAAAAGGCGCCGUCGGGCUUGGGAUUGACCAGGUCAAACACUGUUAAGUCAGGCGUGACCGAAUCUCGAGAGCAGUUAUCAGAGCGCUUGAAGGACGUCGAGGCCCAGAGGGACGCUCUCCACAACGCAUUGAAGAGCCUUCUCGAGCGCCAAGAAUUCCAAAAUCGGGAAAAUGAAAAGAAGAUCAAGACCUUGGAGGUUGAGCGCGAAAGGUUGAUGGUGACGUCUCCACGACAAGCGGGCUUCGCCAAAGAUAUCUCCAACCUGAGGGUUGAGGUCAAUGUAUUGCGUCGCCGUGCUGACGAGGCGGCCGAACAGAAGUGGCAAGUGGAGAAGGGCCUCGCUGGCCUUAAGAUGGAUCUCGAUCGUGCUGAGGGUGAAGUCGCUGCACUCCGUGGACUGUUGAAGGAGAAGGAUAUUCUCAUUCCCCCGUCGAUGGCUCGCGGCAGCACCUAUGAGUCUGCGUCUGUUCCUGUGACUUCGGAAUCUUUGGAGGCUGCCUUCCAGGACUUGCAACUUGCCUACAAAGACUCCCUCCUCAAGAUCAAGGAUCUCGAAAGCAGUGGCUCUAUGGUUGUCGGAGACGAAGCUACGAGACUGGCUCUCGAGAGGCUAGAGCUGUCCCUGACGUCCGCCGUCUUCGAGCGCGAUGCGGCGAAGGAGGAAGCCUCGGCUUACAAGGAUCAACUGGAGAGCUUGGCCGGCAGCGAGGUGGCACAUCUUGAGAGCGAGCGCGCUCUUGCUGAUGAGCUCCGUACGUCUGCUCAGCGCGUUGAGGAACUCGCCUCCCAAGUUCAGAAUCAGCUGUCCGUGAACUCUGAGCUCCGCCAGCGCCUCGCGGAAGCUGUCGCUCGUGGCGAUGCCGACCGCAAGGCUAACGCCGACCGCAUCACACGCCUGCAAAGUCGCCUCAAGAACCUGGAGGAGCAACUGCAAGCUGCCCAGAUCUCAUCCGAGGAGCGCGUGGCUCGGCACGAGGAGCAAUUGAAGGAGCUGAAGGACGCACAAAGUGUUCAGCUGCGCCGUAUGAGCCCUUCGCCCGGUGCCAGCGGCAUGCGCUCUCCUCGCAAGUCGAGUCUCAGCCCGAUGCCAUCGCCAAUGUUCCCUCGGUCGCCCCGUCUCAUGCCGAAGCAGUCCGUCGAAGACGAGACGCAGAUCGAGAGACUGCGGGUCAAGGUCGUUGAGCUGGAGACAGCGCUCACGGUUGCCGACUCGGAGAUGCAAGAUGUCAUUGCCCGCAUGAGUACUGCACAAAUCGAGGUUUUGACGCUGCAGGAGGAGCGCGAAGCCGCGCGACGUGAGACCAGACGUAUCCAGCAAGAGUUGGAAAAGGAGAGAAUGAAGGCGUUCGAAGACCGAUUCAAGACGCUCGGCAGCUCAGUUCAAUGAUAUAGUCGGGCGACUCAGCUCGGAUAGGGGUUGGUGCCACGGCAUAACACUGCCUCCUAUACCCGUCAUCAGUAUGCGGCGCGCCUCGUUUCAGGAUGAGCACCUGGGCCAGGACACUCCCUCGACACCUCUCCAGUUUUCGCACCGCACGCACUCGAAAUUCGAUAUACAGGUCACCAACCUGGUGGCCGCAUUGCCUCCUGACAAAAGGAGAAAACCAUGCAUUGGGAUAGCGAAGUGCGCAUCGAUCACUUACAUCGACUUUUUUUUUUUUUUUGGAUGUUUUUGUUUUGGGCGGGUAUUGGGGCACCAUCAUCUCUGGGAUGAGGCAGUGUGCCAUAAUUCCCCACAGAAUGGGCUCCCUCUUUUUUGGAGGUGCUACACAAAGCACCGUUGACGGCCGAAAGUUACAGCACAUGAUAUAUGUCUCGCCAGUCUGCAGACAUCUCUCUAUACCUCUAUUAUAUAUACUUAGUGGGGCGGUUCAAGCACGGAAGUGUUUGUGUAAUGUGUUUAUCUAGUUUAUGUCUUCUGCUUUUGCCCUGUUUGCUCUUGGAUGUCCUUUUGCAAGGUUUCUUUGGGUCAAUUGGUAUGAGGCUAGAAUUGUACAAACAAGAAACAGAAUAAUCGAAGGGAGGGGGUUAUUGAAGAGGAGGAAUCAGUGGAAGAAGAAAAAAGACCAAAGCGGCCUUGCCAUGAGAGAAUGGGAAAAAGGUUCGAUGCCGGCAAGCGUCAAGGGUUGCGAGGAUGCCUGUGUAUGAUAGAGAAGAAUUGACGACUUGAAUCGU